UAAUCCGCCGAUUGGCCUGAAUCAAAGUGACAGCAUGCACAUGCGCAGCGAUUGGUCGGAGGUUAGAGAAACUUUAAUUUACUGUUAAGAGUUCCACGCGCAGCAGAAAGUCUUUUCUUCCAGGGAGCGUUUGGUUCGAAGGCGCUCGGAGGUCAUCUUUUCCAUUUGCGUCCAGCACGCAGGCGCGUCGUCGCGUGAGCGCCCAUUACACGGAGACUGAAAAGGGAGAAAAUAUCAGCCAUCUUCUAUCCACAUGGCCGAACCCAAUUUCCCUCCACUGCCCGGAUUCCUCCCGAUAAAACCAUGUUUCUAUCAAGACUUUGAAGAAAUCCCGGAGCAGCACCGCAGCAUGUGCAAGAAAAUGUACCACCUUUGGAUGUUCCACACAGCUACACUCGCUGUGAACCUCCUGGCCUGCUUUGCAUGGAUGUUUGGGGGUGGAGGGGUCACUAACUUUGGCCUGGCAAUCAUCUGGCUCCUCAUGUUCACGCCCUGCUCUUAUGUGUGCUGGUUCAGACCCAUCUACAAGGCCUUCAAGACUGACAGCUCCUUCAACUUCAUGCUGUUCUUCUUUGUUUUCAUGGCCCAAGUUGGCAUCAGCAUCAUUCAAAGUAUCGGCAUCCCGGGAUGGGGAGUAUGUGGUUGGUUGGCCACCAUCUCCUACUUCAGCUAUAAUAUUAUCGUAGCUUUAAUCAUGCUGGUUCCAACCGUCAUGUUCACUGCUGUGGCUUCCCUGUCCUUCAUCGCGCUCACUAAGAUCCAUAAUUUCUACCGUGGCACUGGUGCCAGCAUGUCCAAAGCUCAGGAGGAAUGGGCCACAGGAGCCUGGAAGAACCCCCAUGUCCAGGCAGCGGCCCAACAGGCUGUCAUGGGGGCAGCCACAGGGGCCAUGCAGGACCAGUACCCCGCCCCCCAGUACAACGACAACCAGAUUUAGAACUGUCAGGUAGAGCAUCGUCACGGAUACAUCGGUAGAGUUUGAGUGUAGAGGACAGAAAGGUGUCUUCAUAGAGCUGAGCUAAAUGUCAGAAUGUGGAUUGUGGUUUCUUUGUCUUUUUGUGUUGGAGGGUGAACCAAAAAAGUGGAACAUUUUACUUUUUUUGUUUUAAUUGAAAAUAGUUUUCCAAAAUUUACAUACCUGCAGGAAACCUUGUUGGGGGGAAAAAUGAAAAUUAUUUUCUUGCAAUGUUUAUAAAUGUUUUUUAGUAUUCAUGUUAUGUUGGACUACUAAUAAAUCAAUAAUUUAAAAUGUU